UCGCUGCUUGCUACCGGGGUAACGGAGUUUUGAGGUUGUACGGAAUGUGGCCGGUGUAGCCAGGAACUCCCGCCAUUUUUCAAUCAGCUAUAAACCCUCUUAUUUGUUUAUGUAAUCAGCACGUACCUCAAAACAGUAUCUACGCGGUCUACAGUCGCUUUGGCCUGGAGAAACAACACGGACCUGAGCGGCAUAAGAAAGCCCGCCAUACCAGCUCUGACGGGUCGCCUUCCGCGCUUCCAUCCCCGGCACCCAGGAGCUUCCGCUCACUCCUCACGCUCUCUUCAGGCAUCUCACCAUGACCCCACCGGCUUCCUCAAUCCAGCGGAUUUAACACGGGAGAUGUAACUGAUCGAUAAAACCGUACUUUUGUUUGUGUUUUGUUUCCGUAAAAGUAAGUAAAGCAGCGCGCGCUAGCCUAGCCCGAUGCUACGCCGCUGAGACGCGCGGAUUCACGGCAUAUUCAGUUCAAGCUGAGAUUGAGCGGGGGUUAGUUCAGUAGUUAACUUUACAGACACAUCCAGGACCGCAGCGAGCCCGCCAUGGCACCGUUACUAGGCCGGAAGCCGUACCCUUUGGUUAAGCCGCCGUCGGAGCCGCCGGGCCCAGCAGAGGAGGUGUUCAUCAUCGAGCACACUAAAGAGGCCUUCAGGAACAAAGAAGAGUAUGAAGCUCGACUGCGCAGGUAUGCAGAGCGGAUAUGGACGUGUAAAAGCACCGGCAGCAGCCAGCUCACACAUAAGGAGGCUUGGGAAGAAGAACAGGAGGUCACAGAGCUGCUUCAGGAGGAGUACCCAGUGUGGUUUGAGAAGCCGGUUCUGGAGAUUGUGCACCAUAACACAGUAUCUCUUGAUAAGCUAGUGGAUCUGGUCUGGCUGGAGAUUCUUACCAAGUAUGCUGUGGAUGAGGAGUGUGACUUCUUGGUUGGCAAGGAUAAGACGUUGCAUGUGAAAGUGGUAAAGAUUCUUCCACUGGAGAAUCCUCCCGAAGAAAAUGUGGAGAAAAAGAUGGAAGGAGCUUGUGAUUCUCCAUCCAGUGAUAAAGAGAAUGCUAGUCAGGAGAACCUGAAGAAGGAGCCACAGUCCAAAGAGGAGGACAGCAGGAGAGAGAGUCUCUCUGAUAGGGCCCGCCGUUCACCCAGAAAACUCCCAACCAGUAUGAAAGAAGAGAAGAAGAAAUGGGUCAUGCCCAAAUUUCUGCCCCACAAGUAUGAUGUCAAACUUCUCAAUGAGGACAAAGUUAUCAGUGACGUCCCUGCAGACAGCCUGUUCAGAACGGAGCGGCCUCCCAACAAAGAAAUAAUGCGCUACUUCAUCAGACACUACGCUCUGAGGUUGGGCUCGGGAGAGAGCGCCCCCUGGGUGGUGGAGGAUGAGUUGGUGAAAAAGUACAACCUGCCAAGCAAAUUCAGCGACUUUUUACUGGACCCUCACAAGUUUUUGGCAGAAAAUCCAUCAGCUAAGAGGAAAAGCAUGAGCUCACCGGAAGGUAAACCCAAUAAGAAGCUGAAGACUGCGGAGACAGGAAAAGACAGUGAGGGAGUCCAAGUAAAAGGGGAAAAGAAGAAAAAGAAAAAAGAUUCCCAGAACAUACCUCUCAGCCCAACCCUCUGGGGUCAUAUGCAGGUGAAGAAAGUUAAUGGAUCUCCCUUAAAAAUGAAAAACUCCAGUACAUCUAAGAAAUGUGAUGGGGAAAACAUCCUCAGCCCCCCAAAAUUAAAUAAAAAGCGGGGAGACAAAAAAUCCACUGACCCCAAAAAGAGCCGCAAGAGUGGGGUCACCAAAACUCCCAAUGGCCAGAAGCUCUCCAAAAAGGAAGACAAAAGCGCUGGAAGCACCAAGAAACCCAAAAUGAAGCAGAUGACCCUUUUGGAUCUUGCCAAAAGCCCACCUGCUGCAGCUAGCCCCAAAAAGCGAGGCAGAAGUCCAAGUACUGGCUCUGCUAAGCUGGGCAAACCUUUGGCGCCCAUGGCCUUACAUCUCCUUCGGUUUUACAAGGAGAAUAAAGGCAAAGAAGACAAAAAGACAACUCUGUCCUCACUGGUGUCUAAGGCGGCAAAAACGCUGUCCACAGAGGAUCGUGGCCGGCUUCCUGAGGAGCUGAAAGAGCUGGUGCAAAAACGCUGGGAACUGCUUGAGCAGAAACGCCGAUGGGCCCUUAUGACCGAGGAGGAGAAACAGGACGUUCUGCGGCAGAAGCGCCAGGAAAUCAAGCAGAAGCUGCGUGAGAAAGCCAAAGAGCGGAGAGAGAAAGAAAUGCAGAUGAGACGGGAGAUGUCACGCCGUUACGAAGACCAGGAGCUCGAAGGCAAGAGCUUGCCAACGUUCCGUUUGUUCGACAUGCCCGAGGGGCUUCCCAACACCCUCUUUGGUGACAUAGCCAUGGUAGUUGAGUUCCUUCACUGCUACUCUGGCCUCCUGAUGCCUGAUGACCAGUAUCCUAUCACCUCUAUCGCUCUGAUGGAGGCUUUAGCUGGAGAGAAGGCAGGUUUCCUUUACUUGAACCGUGUGCUGGUGGUGCUGCUGCAAACACUUCUGCAAGAUGAGCUGGCGGAAGGUUACAGUGAACUGGACAUGCCGUUAUCUGAGAUUCCUCUGACCAUGCACUCCGUAUCCGAGCUGGUGCGCUUGUGUUUACGGCCAACGGAUGCCCAUGAGGAAGAGAGCGCCCGCGGCUCGGAUGACUGGCAGCCUGGUGUGGGCUACGAUGACGUGGUGAGCAGUGAGUUCUUGGAAAAGCUGGAGACGUCGGAGGUGUUUGAACUGAACUCUCAGGAGAAGGUCAGCCUGCUGGUGGCGCUGUGUCAUCGUAUCCUCAUGACCUAUUCAGUGGAAGAUCACGUGGAGGCCACUCAGCAGCGAUCGGCCGAGCUGUGGAGGGAGCGGCUUGCCACGCUUAAAGAAGUCAAUGAACGUAAAAAGGCAGAGAAGCAGAAACGCAAAGAGCAGAUGGAGGCAAACACCGAUCCUAGCGGAGAGGUACUAAUGAGGGCAGAUGGGAGGAAAGAUUCAAAUGUGAUAAAAGAGACACCUAAGGUCCCCGCCAAAGUGGAACCAGAGCCGGAGGACAUGAUCAGCACAGUGAAAAGCAGACGUCUGAUGUCCAUUCAGGCCAAGAAAGAAAAGGAAGAGCAGGAACGGCAAAACAAAGAGCGUAUGGAGAAGGAAGUGGAGGAGGAGCGAAUCAGGAAGCAGAAAGCCGCAGCAGAGAAAGCCUUGCAGGAUGCCGUCACUAAAGCAAAGCUGGUGCUGAGGAGAACACCACUGGGUACCGACCGCAAUCACAACCGGUACUGGCUGUUCUCUGAUGUGGUUCCUGGCCUGUGUAUUGAAAAGGGAUGGGUUCAUGAGAGUAUAGACUACACAUUCACUCUUCCUCCUGAAGAGGAGCCGGUGUCGACAGAGGAAGACAAAGAGGAGGAGACGGAAGAUGGAGAGAAAGAGGAUGAAGGCAGCAUAGUCAGCGCUUCUAAUGAAAAUGGUCAACAGGGGGCACCAGUGCUUGAGUCCUGUAUUGAGACCACUGUGCCCAAACAAGGCCAAAACCUCUGGUUUGUGUGCGAUUCGCAAAAAGACCUCGAUGAACUAAUAGAAAGUCUUCACCCUCAGGGAGUAAGAGAGAGUGAACUCAAACUCAGGCUCCAGGUUAAUUACCAGGAAAUCUUGCAUUCCAUCCAUCUGACGAAAAAAGGUAACCCAGGCCUGAAGACCUGUGACGGAUACCAGGAGCUGCUUAAAUUCUUGCGCAGUGACAUUAUCGAGGUAGCAUCUCGUCUGCAGAAAGGAGGCCUUGGAUACAUGGAGGACACAUCUGAAUUUGAAGAAAGGGUGCGUGACUUGGAGAAGUUGCAGGACUUUGGGGAGUGUGUGAUCACACUGCAAGAGAGCGUGAUCAAGAAGUUUCUGCAGGGCUUCAUGGCACCCAAACAGAAGAAGAAAAAGAAGACCGGUGGAGAGGAGAGCACGACGGUGGAGGAAGUGGAUGAUCAGAAGAGACUGGCUGAAGAGGCCAGGGUAGCAACCGCGGUGGAGAAGUGGAAAACUGCAGUCCGUGAAGCUCAGACUUGCUCUCGUAUGCACGUUCUGCUCGGCAUGCUGGAUGCCUGCAUCAAGUGGGAUAUGUCUGCAGAGAACGCUCGCUGUAAAGUGUGCCGCCGGAAAGGAGAGGAUGAUAAGUUGAUUCUCUGUGAUGAGUGUAAUAAAGCCUUCCAUCUGUUCUGUCUGCGGCCGGCACUGUACCGUAUACCGGCGGGUGAGUGGCUCUGCCCAGCCUGUCAGCCAACUACCGCCCGACGCAGCUCCAGGGGCAGAAACUAUAAUGAGGACACAGAGGAAGAGGAGGACUCGGAGGAGGAAGAUGAAGAAGACUCUGAAGAGGAAGAUUCAGAAGAAGAAUACAGGGACACGGGCCACAGCUUGAGACCUAGGAAGAAGGUGAAGUCAUCUUUGAAGCCCAAAGUGCAGAGUAAACCGCCACAGAAGAAGCAUUCCUCUCCUAGUGCCAAACCAGCUCUCAGACCUGCUUCCAAGCCUGAUCCAAAACCUGAACUCAGAUCUGCUUCCAGACCAGAUCCAAAGCCUGCUCUCAGAUCUGCUUCCAGACCAGAUCUUAGACCUGCUCCCAGACCUGUUUCCAACCCAGAUCCUAAACCAGAACCUAAACCUUCUCCCAAACCUGCUUCUAAACCAGAUCUCAAACCUGCUUCCAAACCGGAUCUUAAACCUACUCCCAAACAAUUGCCUAAAUCACGACCUGCACCAAGCAACCCUGCAGACAUCGAUGAGCUGGUGCGACAGAGCUCCAAGUCUCUAUCAAAGAAACAAGCUAUUGAGGUAGAGAAAUGUGAGGAGAUUCUUCAGAAGCUGAUAAAAUACCGACACAGCUGGCCCUUCAGGGAACCUGUAUCUGCUGAAGAAGCCGAGGAUUAUCGGGACAUCAUCAGCUGCCCGAUGGACUUCACCACCAUGCAGGACAAGUUCAAAUCCUCCCAGUACCACAACGCCAGCGAUUUUCUCGAGGAUGUGAAGCUUGUCUUCUCAAAUGCAGAGGAAUACAACGAGCCCGACAGCGACGUCCUGACCUGCAUGGCAUGCACAGAGCAGGCAUUCAUCGAGCUCCUUCAGAAAAGCCUCCCUGGGAUCGGCUACCUGCGACGGCGAACACGCAAGCGCCCGGCCACUCACUCCGAAGAGGAGGAGGAGAGGGGGAAGAAGAUACAAAAUGGGAAGCAAGGGAGAGCCUCAUCCAGACAGAAGGAAGAUGAUGAGGAAGACUCUGGACGGAGGAAGACCAGACAGAGUGGUGGAGAAUGGAACCAAGAUGACAGCGAAAGUGAGGAAGAUGAGGAGGAGGACGAGUCUGUGAGAAGGAAGAGCAAGCAGACAAAUCGCAAAGAUUAUCAGGAGCAGGACAGCGACAGUGAGAGGGACAGCAGGAGAACUGGAUUGAGACGGGCCAGCAGUGACGAGGACUCGGGCGUCCAGCGACAUUCCAAGAGGCUCAAACGCUCAUGAAGACCAGGGUGCUUUGUGUUCUUUGUAUUCAUUUUUGUACCCCCUCCUUAUUAAUCAGAAGGCGAAACGGGGUGCCCCAUACCACUGCAUAUUGGACGGAACUUUUGCUCACCCCGAUGUAGAUGUUUGGGUUUAUUUUACUUUUUGGAAGUUUUUGUUAAUAUUGGAGAAAACUGAUUUAUAUUUGUAAGUUGAUUAAUAAUGGUGACACGUGGUUUUUCAACCUUAAGAUUUGCAUUGAAAAAGAGAUGUCAUCUCCUUGAGCUCUUAAGACUUUUUUCAUUUGAUAUUUGGCCUAAAAAAACACAAAUAAUAAUAAUAAUAAAAAAAGAAAACACUUGAAUCCCAAAAAAGAUUGUAAUUGGGUUGCAGAUACCACCAAGCCGUGUCUGAUUUUGAUGGUUUGAGAGGUUUCCCUGUAAAAGUUGACCUGUAAAUGUUAUAAAGUGAUUCAGAAUGAAACGGAUCCUUUUGCGUAGACCUUCUCGCAGCCUUUUAAAUGAAUUAACCAGUGAGCGUCCAGAACUAGGCUCUUUCAGUGAAACUGACGUUAUGCGUUUUCUGUGUCUCAUAAAAGCUGUUUAAUUGGCACUAAACCCCCAUGGUGGUAUGACAUUGAACUAAAAGUCUUUAAUUUUUGAAUGUGCCACCACUUUUUUCCUUUUCUUUAGUCAUUUAUUAUUUUGCCGUUUUACAAUAAAAGCUGUCAUCCUUGCGUUCGGUUAAACAACUUCAGUUUUUGAAAAGCAGGAGAUCACUGAUCUUGUUUAUUGGCA